ACACUGGUUCUCCCCCACUCCAAUUAGCCUCGGAGGAAAAUAUGGCGGCGGUUCUGUCAGCGAGGAGCGAGUCAUGGCUCAGAAUAGCCCCCCGGCUGUUCUCGGUCACCGCCAGGCGGCUUUUGAGCCAUGGAACAAAAGUAAUGUAUCAAAGUGAUACUCCUCAAACUGCCUUCUUUUCACCUCAUCAGAAAGUGAUGUUGCCCUCAAAUGCUUUUGAAGGGAAAGUGGCCUUUAUCACGGGUGGAGGUACAGGCAUCGGCAAAGGAAUAACAACUGCUCUUUCUAAUUUGGGAGCAGAAUGUGUUAUAGCAAGCCGGAAAUUUGAUGUAUUGAAACAAACGGCUGAAGAAAUUUCUUCUAAAACUGGAAACAAGGUUCAUGCAGUUCAAUGUGACGUGAGAGACCCGGCUUCCGUUAGUAAUGCAGUUGCACAGUUAAUUAAAGUGGCUGGACAUCCCAAUGUUAUUAUAAAUAACGCAGCUGGAAACUUUAUUUCUCCUUCUGAACGUCUUUCUGCGAAUGCGUGGAGGACGAUCACUGAUAUUGUUCUUAACGGGACUGCCUUUGUAACUCUGGAAAUUGGAAAAGAAUUGAUCAAAGCACAAAAAGGGGCAGCAUUCCUGGCUAUUACAACUAUCUAUGCAGAAAGUGGGUCUGGAUUUGUAUCACCAAGUGCCUCUGCCAAAGCGGGAGUAGAUGCACUAUGCAAGUCUCUUGCAGCUGAAUGGGGUAGAUAUGGCAUGAGAUUCAACGUAAUCCAACCAGGUCCAAUAAAGACAAAGGGAGCUUUCUCUCGUCUUGACCCAACCGGCACAUUUGAGAAAGAGAUGAUUAAAAGGAUUCCAUGUGGUCGCCUUGGAACUGUAGAAGAAAUUGCCAACCUUGCUACCUACCUCUGUAGUGACUAUGCAAGUUGGGUUACUGGAGCAGUCAUUAGAAUGGAUGGUGGUGAAUAUGUGUUCAUGGCUGGAGAGUUCAAUGAUCUGCAUAAGGUUACCAAUGAGCAAUGGAAUAUGAUGGAAGAAAUGAUAAGGAAAACCAAAGGCUCGUAGUUUUCUUUUUUAAUCUACAGAAUUGCCUCCCACCCCCGGUACUGUAAUCUAUAAAUUUUGUACAUUAAUGAUAUAAAUAAAAAGACUAACAUUAUUAUCUGUAUGCUUCUAAGGGUGAAGCAAUGGGUUUUGAUUAUAUAAAAUGCAAUUGUUGGUGAUUUAUAAAUAAAAUUGUAACACAAUUA